AAUCCAAUGAGGUUUGCCAACUCAGUUUUGAUACAUUUUUGUAUUGGAGGCAAUCAGGAAGUUAAAAAAAAAAAAACCAAAGCUGAAUGUGUUUUCAAACUGGCAGAUAAAAGAAUAUCACCCUUGAAAAUGCUCUGCCCCCAAGCUGACCUGUUGUAGUAAAUGCCCUCCCCUGGGGGUCCUGGGGUGGGAAAAGUUGUCAAAUGCUUGGCAAAUGGCCAGGGCUGGAGGAGGGGGCUUGUAAUUGACAGAGCCAUAACACUGCUAGUCUUGUAACUUUGAAAUAGUACCACCUAGAUGCACUGAAAUACUUCAAUUUAUAUUAUACCAUGUAUCAUUUUCUCUUACACUGGUAGGUAAAAUUUAAAGAAAUGGCAUUCAGAGAGUUUCUGGAACAUGUCGACCAGAUGUACUGUGAUCUUCACAUAGACCCUGCAACUGUUGAUCACAUAUACACAGCAACAAAACAGAUUGUUCAACAAGUGAUGGACGAGAUAGGGAGAAGAAAACCACACCUAAGUAUCAAAGAAGUCAUAAGUGUUGGCAGUUUUGAAGAGGGAACCAAGAACUGCUCUCCAAAUGAGUUUGACUUCAUGGUGUGCUUUGAUUUCCUUUCCAGGAAAGAAACUGUCCAGAUAGAGAGUGUCAAUGGUUGUCAACCAGGUUACAUGGUAGCUUUUCUUAAUGCGUCUGUUGUUAAUGAUGAUGCCAUGGUGAAUGUGAUCAGAAAACUCUAUGAGAAUGUAUGCUGCAUCCACCAUGAGGGGUUGCGGGCUUAUUUCAUAGAGGUCCUCGAAGAAGUUACGACAUCCCUGUUGAUGAAGAAAAUUGUGACACCACAAGGUGUUUUGGUCCUUAAAGGUUCAGAGUUUCUGUCGCUAAGAUUGGAGUGGCAUAAGUUCAAGGAGGAAUAUAAAGGACCUGAUAUUUACAAUGGGCUUUGUCAAAGGGAUCUGCCAUUUCAAGAAUCUUAUUCACUGGAUGUUGAUGUUGAUAUUAUGCCGGCUGUUUCUGUAGAGGACUUGUCUCUUUUGAGUCACCUCCAUGGGUUCCCCAGUCAUCUAAAUGGAAUUAUAGAAAACCAAAAGUUCCAUCUUGUGUGCAAAGUUUCAGGGCAAUCACCUGCUGCACCUUAUCUCCACAUUUCCCAUGCUACUACGGAGGUGUUUCUGGUGCGACAUCUUCAUCCAAUCCAUAAACAAUGCUACAAGAUACUGAAGUAUCUUUUAACGCAUGGCACGGAAAUCAACAGACCAAUCAAAGACAUAAGCUUGUCUUCUUAUGUGUUUAAAAAUGUAGUACUUUUUCAUGAAUAUGACAAGCUAUGCUCAGGAACACCAGAUACUGCAACGUGUUGCAUUGAGAUUAUACGUUACAUCAGAGCCCAAUUAAGGAAGGGCGUGUUUCCCUCAUUCCUGAUGAGAACAACUAAUGUGUGGGGUCAGUGUUACAAAUUUCCACUGUCGUAUUGCUGGAAGCCAAUGGAUCUACCGGAAGAAAUUUGCCUUUUUGACUGCUUUUUCGUCCUGUGGUUCCAGCUUUUGAGGCAAUUUCUUGGAAAGGCACUGACAAUAUUUCAAAAAAUUGAAAUGCAAUUGCAAACAACAGGAAUAGAAUGCCAAAGUAGAGGCAUAUCACCAGAUGAUCAUCUGUCAAGCACCAAUGAAAUAGUGGAAUAUGUUCCAAAUAAGUAUGACCCAUUUAUUCAUGAGUUUGAAGUUCUACAAAAGGAUGUAUUAAUCAUUACAACCAAAUACUCUCAAAAUGAAAGUAAUGCAAAGACUAUUAACCAUGUUGGCAAACCUCCUUCAGAAAGAGUUUGGGAAAUGGUUUUGCCUAGAUUUCCAGAAUUUCUCACAAGAAUUGAAAGUGUGUGUAACAGGAAAGUAAGUAUCCUGAAAGAAAAUUUUGAAGAACUUGAAACAUUGGACAGUUAGUGGCAGAGAGACACCAAAGAUUCCAAAGCAAGAAUGAAUUCUGAUAGUCUAGAUUCAGCUGUCUCUUUCCAACCUGAACAUAAAAAAACGUUCUGUUAUUGUUCCAUAAAAAUAAAAACCUUAGCUAAGACGGACAAACGUAAGCUCAGAAAAACACAACUAAUCACACCAACUAAGCAAAACAAAAGACAACUAAGCAGAACAAAACACAACUAAGCAAAACAAAAGGCACCUAAGCUCAGAAAAACAAAUAAACUCAGAAUAACACAUCUAAUCUCAGAGAAACACAACUAAGCAGAGCAAAACAGAACUAAGCUCAGAAAAACACAACUAAGCACAACAAAUCACAACAAGGGCAAACCGUACCAUUAAUAAAACCACAAUUAUUGAGAGGACUUGCUUGCCUAGCUUUUGCGUUCAUGUAUUCUUGAAGGUUUGCAUGGCUGAUUCCAAGAGGUUAAAUGGAAACCAUGUACAUUCUAGAUCAACUCAAGUACUGUGUUUGUGAUCAUACACAGCUCUGGUAUUGGACGAACAAAUGUUGAAAUUAAAUGGAAAUAUUGCAA